CCCGGGAUAGCGGCGAUGGCGGCGGCGGGGCGGGCGCUGUGCCGGGCGCUGCCCGCCGCCCUCUGGGGCCGCGUGUCCCCGCUGCCGGGCGCGCCCCGCCGGGCCGCCGCGCACUUCGCUUUCCAGCCGGACCCGCCGCCCAGCGAGUACGGGCAAACUCAGAAGAUGAAUCUCUUCCAAUCCAUAACAAGUGCCUUGGACAAYGCUUUAGCCAAAGAUCCAACUGCAGUUGUAUUUGGUGAAGAUGUGGCCUUUGGUGGAGUCUUCAGAUGCACAGUUGGCUUGCGAGACAAGUAUGGUAAAGACAGAGUUUUCAACACCCCUUUAUGUGAACAAGGAAUUGUUGGCUUUGGUAUUGGAAUUGCUGUUACRGGUGCUACAGCUAUUGCAGAAAUUCAGUUUGCAGAUUACAUUUUUCCAGCAUUUGAUCAGAUUGUUAAUGAAGCAGCAAAAUACCGUUACCGCUCUGGAGAUCUGUUCAACUGUGGAAACCUCACCAUUAGAGCACCCUGGGGCUGUGUGGGUCAUGGUGCACUAUAUCACUCUCAAAGUCCAGAAGCCUUUUUUGCUCAUUGUCCAGGAAUAAAGGUUGUUAUUCCAAGGAGUCCUCUGCAGGCCAAAGGAUUGCUGCUGUCAUGUAUAGAGGACAAAAAUCCAUGCAUAUUCUUUGAACCUAAGAUACUUUACAGAGCUGCAGUGGAACAAGUUCCUGUAGAGCCCUACAACAUUCCACUGUCUCAAGCUGAGGUGCUGCAGACGGGCAGUGAUGUGACAAUGGUUGCUUGGGGCACUCAGGUACAUGUGAUUAAAGAAGUGGCAGCAAUGGCUCAAGAAAAGCUUGGUGUGUCCUGUGAAGUUAUUGAUUUGAGGACCAUCUUACCAUGGGAUACAGAGACUGUUUGCAAGUCGGUGGCGAAGACUGGGCGAUUGCUGAUUAGCCACGAGGCUCCCUUGACAGGAGGAUUUGCAUCUGAAAUCAGUUCCACAGUUCAGGAGGAAUGCUUUUUGAAUUUAGAAGCUCCUAUUUCAAGAGUGUGUGGCUAUGACACUCCUUUCCCUCACAUCUUUGAGCCUUUCUACAUCCCAGACAAAUGGAAAUGCUAUGAUGCUCUUAGAAAAAUGAUUAACUACUGAGCAGUGGAACAGAGAGGAGAAGAGCGACAGGAAAAUACAGAAGCUGCCUUCAAAACUCUUGACACUUUAAUCAGAACUUUUGGGUUUGGAAUUUACAUAGCAGACUUUUCUUUUAAUUCAGUUAUCCUUAAUAUUUAUCUUGGCUAUUCUUCAGCAAGUUCAAAUUUUCCUUAAUUAUGAAAUCAGUGAUGGGCAGGUGAUUGUUAUAGUAAGUAGUUUCAGACGUAUUUAAAGAUAUUCCAGAUGUUGGAUGAAUAUUGCACAUUGCCAUGCUUCACUAAGUUACAUSUAGACUUCACUGUGUAUAUAUUAGAAGCAGAAUUUUAUUCAAUAAAACAUAUUAUGCUUA